GAAACUGAACUUAUCCAAACUUUCAUCAACCAAAAAGAGUCUUUUAGCAAAUUGAUAUAAAUAUGUGUCUAGAAGGUGCAAACGUGAAUCAAAGUUAACCAUGGCAGCUUUGCUCAAUUACAACUUCACCUCAAUUUUUUGUUGUCUGUUCUUUUGCCUUCAUAUAAUCACAGCAUCUGCAAGCUCAUACUGGGUUGAAGAAGAUCAUUCAUCACAAGACUGGCUAAACCAUGGAGGAGACUUGUUCAACAGAAGGUAUGCCUCCAAGGAGAACAAGAUCAGUCCAAAAUCUGCUCCAAACCUACGUUUGAAGUGGAAAUUCUAUGCAGGCAGAGAAAUAACUGCAACACCAGCAAUCUUCAAAGGAACCAUAUAUUUCCCAAGCUGGAAUGGUAACAUCUAUGCUGUGAAAGCAUGUGAUGGGUCUCUGGUGUGGGAACAGAGCAUUCAAAAUUUAACAGGCAUAAAAUCACCUGGCUCUGUUACUAAUGUCACGUUUGCUAGAGCAACUCCUACUUUAGCUGGUGAUGAUCACCAUGACUUGCUUGUUGUUGGAAUAUAUGGCCCUGCAGUUGUAAUUGCUCUGAAUAGAAUUGAUGGUAAGCUUGUGUGGAUGACUCAAUUGGAUAGCCACAAUACAGGUGUUAUCACCAUGUCAGGAACAUACUACAAAGGGGGUUUCUACAUUGGAACAUCAUCAUCAGAAGAAUCACUAAGCAUAGAACAAUGUUGCACAUUUCGUGGCAGCUUGUCCAAACUGGACAUAAGAUCCGGUGCCAUAUUGUGGCAAACCUACAUGCUACCAGACAAUCACGGCAACAAAGGAGAUUAUGCAGGGGCAGCUAUUUGGGGAAGUAGCCCCUCCAUUGAUCCACUGAGAAACUCAGUGUACAUUGCCACAGGGAAUCUUUACUCAGUCCCAUUAAGAAUAAGCCAGUGCCAAGAACGAGAGAACAAUCAAACGGUGCCUACUCAUCCAGAUGAGUGUAUUGAGCCUGAUAACCACUCGGAUUCAAUCCUGGCCCUUGAUUUGGAUUAUGGGGAAAUCAAGUGGUAUCACCAGCUCGGAGGUUAUGAUGUGUGGUUCAUCGCGUGCGGCGGCAGCGUAUCAAAUCCUGGAUGUCCUCCGGGUCCAAACCCAGAUGCUGAUUUUGGGGAGGCGCCGUUGAUGGUCACUGUUUGGGUGAAUGGUUCCGAGCAUGAUGUUGUUGUCGCUGUCCAGAAAAGUGGUUUUGCAUGGGCUUUGAAUCGUGACAACGGUAGCCUCGUCUGGUCCACGGAAGCAGGGCCGAGCGGGCUAGGAGGAGGGGGAACAUGGGGAGCAGCCACCGAUGAAGAAAAUGUCUACACUAACAUUGCCAACACUGAUGCGAAAAAUUUCACACUUGUUCCAUCUAAAAUGAUCACAAAUGGUGGUGGGUGGGUGGCAAUGGAUGCUAGAGAUGGUAAAAUUGUAUGGUCUGUAGCCAAUCCAAGCAACACUACCAGCAUAAGUGGCCCAGUGAGUGUGGCUAAUGGUGUUUUGUUUGUUGGAUCCCCUAGUGCAGAAGGAGCAAUCUAUGCCAUAGAUACAAAGAGUGGAAAAUUUAUAUGGUCUUAUUACAUUGGUGUUGGCGUCUAUGGUGGUGUUUCAAUCAGUGAUGGUUGCAUUUAUGUAGGUCAGGGACUUAGCUUAAUUACUGCACCUGCAGGGUACAACCUUUCAGCACCAAUUUAUCUCUAUGCCUUUUGCAUAUGGGCAGUUGGAGAUGCUUGCUUACAAUAAAUUAAACAAUAUGGGCAGUUUUAGCUGCUUGAUUAUAAUAAAAUAAGGGCACUUGUUCUUAAUUUA